CGAUGAUUAUGAUAAUUACAUUUUUGGAACAAUUCUCUGGUGUGUGUAUAAAAGGUAUUAUGCUUUGUAUGUAUAUGUAUUGUAUAUAUUAUAUAGUUAUUGUCAUGUGUAAAUGUAUCAUGAAUGUAUGUAUCAUGAAUGUAUUUCUACGCAGCGUACACGAGUUUAUAUAUAUAGAUAGGUAUGUGUGCAUGCACCUAAUGGUUUUAUUUUUGCAUUGCGUGUGACAUAACUGUGCAUUGCAUUUAUACGCCUUUGUACAAAACAUAAAAUCAUCUCUCCUUAUAUUAUUCACAUAUAAAGAUACAGUCGCUAGGUAACCCCACAGCCGCCAGCAAGACAUUGUGUGAGGCUCCCCUAUUGGACUGGCUGGCCAGCGUGAGGCGUCUUCGCGCACACGCGAGGCUCAUUAGGGCCGCGCCGAUGAUGGACGUCACGGCUCACGGCUCCCGGCAGCGCCGCAGCCCCCAGCCUCGCCCGGACAGCCGCCUCCUCCUCCUCGUCGGAAGAGGCGCAUCAGCACUUCUCCCCGGAGGCGGUGGGCUUCCUGUCGGCGGUGGGGCUCUUUGUGCUGCUGUUGGUGCUGCUCUUCCUCUUCAUCAACAAGAAGCUGUGCUUCGCCGACGUGGGAGGCCUGCCCUGCCUGGAGGCCCAGCUACGGCAGAGGAAGGACAAACGAAGUCUUCACGACAAGCUGGACGCUUAUUUUCUUCCGCCAUGAGGAGAUUUUGCACCGAGUUCGGUAUUUAAAAUUCAAAGCGAAGGACACGGGCAGAAGAAAGUAAACGAUCGCGGAGGGAGACACAGGGUGGCGAUGGCCUUUUCUGGAAACUUUGGCUCGCUGUCCUCCUGGGUGGAGCAGCUGGGCUCCGCUGUGGAGCAGGCCAAGAACUCCGUAACGGAGGCUAUCGGGAACCUGACUUCGGAAAUCACAAGUCCCACGCCGACCAGAAGUCCGUCGACGGACGCUGCGGACGAUUCGCGAAGCGGCCCCCAGCCCGACGACGAUGACGGCGGCGGCGGCGGCGAGUGGGAGCACCGCAACGGGGGGCGGUCGCCCGGCUCCAGUCACGGAAGAAGCGACUCGCGUGCGCAGACGAGGGCGCAAGCGGUCGAGCGCUACAACAACGACGACAACGACGACGACGAGCGUGGCGAUGGCGAGCGGGACGAGAGUCCCGCGCCCGUGCCGGAAGAUCCGCGCCGAUCCCGGAACUCGAGCAGAAAUUCGUACGGCGAUGGCCACCACGCGGACGUCUAUCGUCAAGGGAGCAGCAGGAACUCAGUGCGCAGCUACGGAGGAGGUGGCGGAGGAGGAGGUGGUGGCGGCCGCGAGGAGGAGAUCGACGGAGAUGACGUGUCCUCGUCGGACAGCGACGAGGAGGUGAUGGGGAAGUUCGAGGAGAGCGUGUCGCGCUCGCACAGCUUCCGCUCUGCCGCGUCGGAGAGGGCCGUGCAGGCGGGCCGCGUGCAGGCCGGCCGGGCCGGCACGCCGCGCGCCACCCGCCCGAGCCCAACCCCCACCGCCCCCUCGCCGCACGACGGCUACAGCAGCGGCGAGGCGUCCCUCAACGACGGGCAAUGGAGGCAGAGUCCCACAAGUCGCUCCCGAACACCGGCGACGUUGGCUCCGAGAGGCGCGGGACACCCCCCCCGCCGGCGCUACGAGGACGAGCGGGCGGGCACCCCCGCGGACGACUACGAGGACGACGACCGCGAGGAAGAGGACUACGACGAGGACUCGGAGGCGCGGCGAUACCGCUACUCCCCGGGCUCCCGCUCGGCCACGGACUGGGACGAGGACACGCGCGGCGCGUGCUCCGACACGCCCUCGCGCUCCGCGUCGCCCUCGCGCUCCGCGUCGCCCGGGUCGCGCAGCGGGGCCACGUCCGGGAGCUGCGGCGGAGCGACGGGGGAGCGGCGAGGGGGGGGAGCGGCGAGCGAGGCGAGGUCGGCGAGGUCGGCGAGGUCGGCGAGGUCCGCGAGGUCCGCGAGGUCGGCGAGCCGCGCGGGAACGCCGAGCGCCAGCGACGAGCGCUGCGGAGGUCGCGCCAGCCGGACGAGCUCCGCGAGCCGGGACGGCGACACGCGACGGGAGAGCCACGUGUACGAAGAGGGGGUGAUGAGCGACAGCACGGCCGUCCUCGGCACGGAGGAGGAAUCCAUGCACGGUUUGGAGCAAGGCCUCUCCGCCGUGGCCGCGAAACAAAACGAGCCGAUCUCCAAGUGCGGAAAUCUGGACGUGAAGGUGGCCUACAGCACCGGCGCGCAGAAGCUGGAGGUCACCGUGCUGUCGGCGCACGACAUUCCGGCCAAGCAGCGCAGUGGCGCCAACACCUGGCAGGUGCACCUGGUGCUGCUCCCCACCAAGCGACAGCGCUUCAAGACGAGCGUGCAGAACGGCGAGACCCCCGUCUUCCAGGAGUCCUUCCGCUUCUCGGCGUUGGAGCCGGGCGAGCUGUCGACCUACGCGCUACGCUUCCGCCUGUAUGCCGUGCGCUCGAUGAACCGCGAGCGCAUGAUGGGCGAGAAGCUGCUCUACCUGAGCAAGCUGUCUCCCGACCUGAGCACCGAGCUGUCCCUGCUGCUCGAGCCGCGCUGCAAUAUCAGUACGGGCGAGUCCCAGCAGAGCCUGUCGGCGAUCUCGCGCAGCGACAGCGCCUCCUCCAACCAGUCGCUGUCGCACGGCGGCUCCCCCGAGCUUCUCGCGGGCCUCUCCUACAACCCCACCACAGGCCGCCUGGCCGUGGAGGUCGUCAAGGGCAGCCACUUCCGCAACCUCGCCGUCAACCGGCCCCCGGAUACGUACGUGAAGCUCUCGCUGCUCAACUCGGUGGGGCAGGAGAUGUCCAAGAGCAAGACGUCAGUGAGACGGGGGCAACCCAAUCCCGUCUACAAGGAGACCUUCAUCUUCCAGGUGGCCCUCUUCCAGCUCUCCGACGUGACGCUCAUGCUGUCCGUGUACAACAAGCGCAGCAUGAAGCGGAAGGAGAUGAUCGGCUGGGUCUCGUUGGGUGCAAACCACAGCGGGGAAGAGGAGCUAAGCCAUUGGACGGAAAUGAAAGACUCCAAGGGGCAGCAGGUGUGCCGCUGGCACUCGCUGCUUGAGUCUUAGCAGGGCACGAGAGCGCUGGCCGGUCGCGCAAGGCGCGGGUCGACCCGCGCUCUCCGGCUCGUUUGAGUCGCCGUUACGCGACACGCCCCCCAGCGCCGUCUCGAGGAGAAGAGGCGCUCGCUGCAUGGUUGUCGGGGAACACGUUUAACGGAUAGAGAAGCGCUCCUCCGAUACGCAAGGACCCUUUUCGCCGAACGUCGUCUCGCCGGGGUUACUCGUCACCGCCGUCGGGUUUGGUCGGUCCGCCCCUCCACUGGGGUGGACGUAGCACGGGAAGCUUUCGCGAAGACAUCCUCACGUGGUGGGAAACGCGGACGAUUUGGUGGGACAAUAUCCCAGAAAUCUCUUGCAAGCCUUAUUAUGAGCACAUAUACAGCACACAUUUGUGUGUGAUGCUACGGUAAGACGUAAGAACGGUGUAAUUUGGGGUUGGCAUGUUUUCUGACUUUAAAUGGAGGGAGAUGAAGCAUUUAUAUGAAUGACUGUAAUUUGCCACUGAUUAUUGGUAUUGCAAACAAGUUAUAUGCUGCAGCAGUUUGUCAUUUGAAAUUGUAUCACAACUGUUAAAUAGCAGCCCGGCUCCAGUGUCCCUCCGUUUUGGCGCAGUGCUUUGUGCAAGCAUCAAUAAACGAGACACUGUCACAAUGUAUUUGCCAUCACAUGUUGUUAGCUCGCUCGCUUUGGUUGCAUUGUUGGCUUGGGACGCUAAUUCUUCUUCAUGUUGGUCGAACGUUUGGAAUGUGAUGGAACUGCCAGGGUUCUUGUUUGACCUUGCUCUUGUUAAAUGGCGUGUUUAAUGAGUAAUUUAUGACACAUGGACUAUUUAUUCUGUAUUAUUAUCUUUGGUUUUGAAAUUGGGAUGUAAUGAUUCAGACACUGGAAGGUAUGUGACAGGAACCUCUGUUUAACCUUCCCAUAGUUUAAUUUUCAUUGUUGAAGCACCCAUGCAUGACUAAGAGUUUCACUUGCGGCAUUAUUGCCAAGUCACGUAUUCCCAUUGCUUGUGUUCCGUGUCUGGCGCCUCCUUUACCCAUCUCCAAUACGUGCAACACUUUAUAAUCGUAGUGACUGUAGCUAUAGUUGUAUGCAAUAAACCUUUCACGUAAAUUACUUCAUUAAAACUUGCUUGAAAAAUG